AUGCAGACCUCUGAUUUCAGCUGGUUUAAGAGAUCAUUUAUCAUGUAUGCACAAACAAACAUUGGUGAGUUUGAAGAUCGUGUUGAAGUAAAAAAUAUUGUAAUUGCAGAAAUGAAGUCUUAUUUCCAUCUAAAGCAAUGCCUACAGACCAAGUGGGGGUAUUACUUACUAAUCUCAGUCUUUUCAGAUUUCUCAAAAGAAGCUUAUUUCUACGGAAAUUGCAAAUCGAUAUCUCUGAUCUCUAAAGAUUUGAACCAAAAUUGACUGACAACAAAGAGUUCAAGUUGGCUUAUCUAA